AUUUUCCAAAACUAAGAGAAUGACAAGCGAAGGGGUUUCAAAGCAUAAUGCAGAAGAUGUGGAAGACGAGGAAUUAACGUUUGACUACUACGACGACGAUGACUUCGACACAUUCGCAGACGGGGAUGGUGAUUGUGGCUGUGAAGAUGUGCUUGGGUUCAGUGACCCUUUCAGCGAGGUGAAGCCACGCAUAUUACUUAUGGGUCUGCGACGCAGCGGCAAGUCUUCCAUCCAAAAAGUGGUGUUCCACAAGAUGUCUCCAAACGAAACGCUCUUCCUGGAGAGCACUAACAAGAUAUGCCGUGAGGAUGUCUCCAACAGCUCCUUUGUCAGUUUCCAGAUCUGGGAUUUCCCUGGCCAAAUAGAUUUCUUUGACCCAACAUUUGAUUAUGAGAUGAUCUUUCGCGGCACGGGGGCACUCAUCUUUGUCAUCGACUCGCAGGAUGAUUAUGUAGAAGCACUGAGUCGACUCCACCUUACUGUGACCAGGGCCUACAAAGUCAACCCAGACAUCAACUUUGAAGUGUUCAUCCACAAGGUGGAUGGGCUGUCAGAUGAUCACAAGAUUGAAAAACAGAGAGAUAUACACAAACGUGCCAAUGAUGACCUUGUGGAUGCAGGCCUGGAGAGGAUACAUUUAAGUUUCUACCUGACCAGCAUUUAUGAUCACUCAAUAUUUGAGGCUUUCAGUAAAGUUGUGCAGAAACUCAUUCCUCAACUUCCAACCCUGGAGAAUCUGCUCAACAUUUUCAUUUCUAAUUCAGGGAUUGAAAAGGCUUUCCUCUUCGACGUGGUCAGUAAGAUCUACAUUGCCACUGACAGCAGUCCUGUGGACAUGCAGACCUACGAGUUGUGCUGCGAUAUGAUUGAUGUGGUCAUUGACAUCUCCUGCAUCUAUGGACUGACGGAAGAUGAGGCUGGAUCCCCAUAUGAUAAAGAGUCCAUGGCUAUCAUCCACCUGAACAACACCACGGUCAUGUACCUGAAAGAAGUCACCAAGUUCCUGGCCUUGGUCUGUUUUCUAAGAGAAGAGAGUUUUGAGAGAAAAGGACUUAUUGACUACAACUUUCACUGUUUCAAAAAGGCCAUCGAAGAAGUCUUUGACGUGCGAUUGAAAGUGCAGAAAAGUCGAAAGCUUCUCAGCCAAAGGAGAUGGAGCAAACAAACCACGGCGAAUGGAACUCAUCCAUAG